AUGAGAGAAACGAAUGAAAAAAGGGUGAAUGAAGUUGUCGUCGCUUCAUUAUUAAAGCGAAGAACAUCACAGAUACACACACAGACAGACACACACACACGCAGACACAUACACACGCAUAUACACACACAUACACCUGUAGCUAUCUCUUCAGCCAAUUCCUUAGAACAUAGCACACUUAUUGUCCAAAUCCAAGUUACGAAUCCUGUGGAGCGGAAAGAGGAUGCAAAUCUUUGGGACUUCAGGACAUGUAAUAAGGAG